AUGAGCGACAUAGAGAAGUCGAUACUACAGACCAUUGGAGACAUCGAGAAUAACUUUGCGCAAAUCGACAAGCUUGAUGCUUUGAUUCAAAAUUAUCUUGGAUCAAUACACAAAGACAAUUACAGGUCAUGGGACCAAGCGGAACUUGCUGUUUUUACAAAACGAUUAGAAAGUUACAAGCGCAAAACGAAGAGGAUGGAAUCGGGUGUUGCCAAGAAGCAUCAAGAAAUUGUGGACGCGUACAACCAAAAUGUUGGACUUGAAAAAGACCUAGACAAACAAAAUGAAAAGAUAAACGAAUACAACCGUUUAAUUCCUGGCGUGAAACAAUCGGCAACGAGGUUGGAACAAUCGCGAAUGGAUUACCUUGGAGUCAUGAAUCAGAUUGUCACUCUUUCCCUUCAAAAGGAAAAGACAAAAAAGGAACUCGAACGGGUGAAAAUGGCAAAUUCAAAGAAAGAUGACCGAAUCAAAGAAGCGCAAAAUCAAGCCAUCGACGUGGACAAACGACUCACCGAAACCAAAGAAAAGUUCGCAACAAAAGAAAAAACGCUUGCACAACUGAAAGAGGAGAAUGAAGCUGCUAAAAAAACGAUAUUGGCCUCAAUAGCUGAUCGCGAAUACGAAGAAGCGCUGACCGAAAAUUUGAAAUUCAGAAAUACAUUAAAACAACAGGCUGGGAAUAUUAAAAGAGCUGCACAAAAAUACAAUGAAGAGUUUCAAAGAUACGAUGAUGUCAUUGACGGGUAUGAAAAGAUAUACGCGCAACGAAAUGCAGAACUUUCACAACUGGACAAACAAAUCAAUGAAGCGAAAGAGAUGGUUGUACCUUCAUCAAUACUUACGAAUCAAUCAAACCCAAAAGAAGAAAUCGAUGCACAUAAAAAGGUGUGUGAAGAGAAGGAGUCGCAAAUAAAAAAGUUAAAAGCCGAGAUGGCUGAAAAAGGAAAGAGUAUUGUCGAUCCGUUGCAAGCUCAGGAUUUUCAAAAGUUAGUGAAAGAUAAUGUUGAGGACCCAGAAAGUGCAAUCUUGAGUAACAUUGAUGCUUAUGAAGCUAACGUGGAAGCACAGAAAAGAAACUCCAUGACAUCUACCGACAAAAUUUUGGCACUUUUGGAAACCCCGGGAGAAGAACUUCCUAUAACUAACGAUGAACCAGCGAAACAUGUGGGCGGCUUUAAAGGAAAGUUAAAGGUGUCUGAACAAACAAAAAAGCAAAUUGAGGAUAUGCUGAAAUAUUCGGAGACAAAACAAUUAACGACAAAUUGGCUUUCGGGUUAUAUGGGUGGUCAGGAUAAAGUUAAAACGGCCACAGCAGGACUCAAACGAUCUGCAUCAUUCAGUGGCUAUGUACAAGCAAUAAAACCGACUCUCCAAGUUUCGAAAAGUGUAGGAUACUCUAUUCCUUCAAACGUUCCAGAAAAUGUAAAACGCAUCUAUUCUUCUUUACAUCUGAGUAUCAAAAAAGUAAGCUUGGCUGAGGCAAUACGAUUUGUUAAAAUUAUCAGGGGACAAUCGCCAGUUUGUGGGCCGAUGAACAGUAGUGUCGAGAAGACCGAGAAAAGUGACUCUACACCAACACAAGUACUUAUCUGA